UGGCUAUGGGACUUGCUUUCUAACUUUUAUUUUUCCUUUUUACUCUCUAUAUCAACAUCUUGUAAGAUUAUUUCAAAAAGGAAACCAUAAAACCUGGAGUUUUUACCUUUGAAAGGCUAACAUAUACUUUAGUUUUCAAGAAUGUACCAAAGAGGCUGUUGCCACAAGUGGUCGCUGAGUGUCGCUCACUGUUAGGUGCAAACCAGUGUGACAGUUACCUCAUCUUUAAACCAUGAUAAUGAGAGCGCCCGCUGUUUUCACUCUGACUCCAUCUCUUUGAUUAUAACUCAGGAGCCAAAAGAUGUGUUAAAAAUGCAACGCUGGCUCUACAGCACAGUCCUGCAAAGAAGUUUUCAGAUGUGUGAACGAGGAAGAGAAUGUACACCUUGGAAACUAAUCAUGACACAAAUAUCAAUAUUAAUGAGGACAUUCAGGCUUGUUGGGACAUGUGCUACUGACAAGACAAAUUAUUCAGUUUCUGUUUAUCUUGGAAAAACUUUAUGGCUUUUCCACCUGUGUAACUGGUGUAUGACUUCAUUUUUUACUUGUACAGACAAAUCUGAAUGAACACAGAGCGAUGUAGUUUAGUGAGUGAAACUAGUAUUUUAGUAAUUCCCCUGUAAUUAACUGGAAUUUCAAUGUGAUUAUAUUUACCUACAUGUAUUUAAAGGUGGGUAGACUAGAAUAAAGGUUGUAACAAGUCAGUUUUUUGACAGGAAACAAAGAAACUAUACUAGAAAUGUAAGCAUAAGUUUUUCUUUUACAUAACUUAACGACUAAUUUUAAGUAUUGCAUAAAUUCAGGUAUUUUACAGAAAAGGAAAUGCUGUAAUUUUAAGCAGUGCAUUAUUUCAUCUUAAUUUGGAAGAUAAACAAACAAUCUUGCAUUUUGAGUAAGGUGUACUUUUUGCUGUAUCAGGUCCUGCAUGUGCAACAAAGUUUUUGACACCCUGACACCAAAGUUUCCGUUGUGGCAGUUGGAAGCCUGACGGCAAAAACAGUUAAGGGGCUUUGCAAGCCAAACUUUUCAGCUUUUGCUUCUGUGGCAUCAUGAUCUACUGGAUCACAUGCAUCUUUCUACAAGUCUCCCUUACAGGGGCUGCUGAGAGCAGUAUAAUUGGUGGCAGAGAGGCAAAGCCCCAUUCCAGACCUUACAUGGCAUCACUCCAGUAUCAAGAACACCAUUCAUGUGGUGGGAUGUUAAUCCGGGAGGACUUUGUUCUAACGGCAGCACACUGCAAAUUUGAGAACAGAGGUCCUUCAACAGUGGUCCUUGGAGCACAUGACAUUAGCAAGAAAGAGAAAAGUCAGCAACGUAUCAAAGUGGCGAAAUACUACCCACACCCGAAAUUCAGUGGAAAAUACGAUUAUGACAUUAUGUUACUGAAGUUAGAAAAAAAUGCCACACUGAAUAAAUUUGUGAAGACCAUCAAACUACCCAAGAAAAAUGGGAAAACGCCUGCCAACGUUAAAUGUCAUGUGGUUGGUUGGGGUCGAACUGGAAAUGAUUUACGUCCCUCAAAUGUUCUAAAGGAAGCUACGGAGAAGACGCAAUUCAGCAGUGAGUGGGAAAAAAUCUGGGGAUCAACUUUUAAUUUUCAUCACAUGAUAUGCACCAAGUUCACCAAAAAGGGCGGAGGGGUUUGUGAGGGUGAUUCUGGUGGACCACUUAUCUGCAAUAAAAGGCCUCAAGGUGUAACAGCAUUUAUCAUGAAAGACAACUGCAAUAAUCCAAAAUAUCCGCACGUCUUCACUAAAGUUAAUUUUUUUAUUGCAUGGAUGAAAGAGAAAAUGAAAGAAGAGAGGUUUGUUGCAAGAGUCACUACACAGUCAUUUACUGGUUAAACAAUAUGAUGAAGUAAAGCAUAUGUUUUGUAGCACGUGUAUGUUAGCAUGUCAAAAAAAAAAAAACUGAUUAAAUUCAAAAUGUGUAUAAUAAAAAUACAAAUGUCAGGUCAUGCCUCUUUGUUCUCUGAAAUGUCCUCAGUUCCCUUGUCAGAUUUCAUGUUCAACUUUUGAUGAACUUUUGAUGAACCUUAGUCAUCUUGCAGGAGGUCUGCAAGAUCACUGAGGUCUGCGGAUCAAAUGCUCUUAGCUUUCCCAAGGUCCAGAUUAAAGCACAGAGGAGAUCGGCCCUUUGCUGUGACUGCUCCUAAAUUGUGGAACAAACUGCCUCUUCACGUCAGGACCUCCCCUGGACACUUUUAAAACCUGUCUAAAAACCCACUUUUAUUUCUUGGCUUUUAAAUCAGAAUGAGUUUGUACUACUUUUAUUUAUCUUAUUUUUUACUCAAAUCUUCUAAUUUUAUGAUUCUUUUUCUUAAUUUUUAUCA